AUGCCUUCCAAAGUACGAGAUAGCAGCGCCGAGCGACGGCGCGAGAAAAAGGAGUCGUCGCGCAUCGACAAAGACCGAAGAGACCGCGACCGAGAAAGACCCAAGGACAGAGACAAGGACCGAGACAAGGAACUAGAAAGACACCGAACAAGCCGCAAAGUGUCGACAAAGGAGAAGACAUCUUCGAGAACAUCCAUCUCACCCGUCGAUGAGAAGAGACGGUCCUCGAUGCCGGGCAAAAUCAUCGACGAUGGCUCCCUCAGAUCCGAGUCAAAGUCCAGCCUGCCGUACCCCUCCUUGUCCAAAGAGCAUGCUCGCGAGAGUCUUGGAUUGGGCCAUCGACCGAAUCUGGUGAACCCCUUCACGCCUCCGGCGACUGAUUUGAAUGCCUCGAAAGACAAACUACCCUCCUCCAAGCCCUCUACAACUGCCCACCAUGCCCCACCCAGUCCACCCCUCACAGAGAAGAAUUCGGGCACAGGGAAAUGGAAGCCCAAUGCAGGGAAGCCCGUGUCGGUCGAGACGAUACAAGAAGAGAAGGCCUCGCAGGCCAAUGGCGAUUCCAAGACGACGGCCAAGGUGAGGACAAUGCCUAAACCAAGGGCGGAGAAUGGCCACCUACGUAGUACCUCUGAACUUGGUACGAAUAGUUCACCCACGAGAAAGCCUCGAGACACACCGGCGUCGACCUUGAAGACCUCGACGCCGGUCUCGACGACCCUGCCUCAAAGAUCAGUGAGUCAGCCCACGAGGACAGAUUCGCCGGCCACCGCCACCAGCGCCACGAGCGCUACCGGCUCAGGCACGAAUCUCAGCUCGGAAGCCACCUCGAUAGCCCCCGAACAGCCCAAUAUACAGCGACCUGGAUCAAAGAUCCCUCCUGCAGCCGUGUACCCUGAUGGUCCUGCCGUUAUUCUUCCCCACUCGAGGGGUGUGACUCCGAUGGAGGUUUUUAUCGAAGACGACAGGUCGAUAAUAACAGGUACGCCGGGUGGUGUCUCCCAGACUCCAGGACCUCCCCCACCUCCUCCGCCGCCGGUGCCAAUCUCUGUGCCCAAGGUCGACUACCUCCUGCAGCACGGUGGGCUACAUCACUCGGUGCCGAAAAAUCUCCUGCUCGCAGGUAAACCCAUGGCAAUCCAGCAGGCGCAAUCUCCCGGACAACAACCAAUCGUGGUUGCGAAUCUCUUCGAGCCCUACAUCGGCCUCCUCGACGACUUUGAGAAGGUCAUCUCCAAGAACGGCUCGUUAGCUGUGGCGACGGGAUACCGCUCCGUAGCACGACGACUGCUCGACCGCCUCGAAGCCGUCUUUGCACGUGACAUCUCGUCUGAAGCCUGUCAAUGUCCGAUGUGCGAGUACGACGGCGCCGAGGACAUCAGAGGCGUCAGUUGGGGCGAAGUGCUGGAACUGGUCUCGGGCAGAAAGGACUGGCCGGCCUGGCCUCCUUUCACGUUUACCCAGUCGCCCGUCGGCCUGGGCAUCUCACUCGAGCUGCACGUCCCGAUGCAGCAGCUGGAUAUUGACGUUCCGGAAGAGUACCGGGACCACUAUAUCCGACAGUCGCGCAAGACCAAACAAAGCGUGGACAAGUGGCUGAAUCGGCAAGGCGAAAAUCCGACCUCCCCACCCGAGGAAGUCGACGACGAGACUCUGACGUUUGCCAUUCUAACCCAUCUCCCCGCCGAGCAGAGACCCAUUUUCAAGGACCUGCUGGGCAUCGUCGAUCGACCUAUCGAACCCCCGAAACGAGUACCCACGCCCGAAUUGGAGAAGCAAAACGGUGCGUCGUCUCGCCUUCCUCCCGUGCCCACGCCAACACCGACACCGGCCCCCAGAGCGCGACAACCACAUAUAGCGGUCGCAUUGCAGGCGAUCCAGCGGCUAUAUCGCCUGAACUUCCAACCGCGAGACUCCGAGGCAGCGCUGUUCCUCCUGAAUAACCCGUCUCUACACAACGCCCUGGCAACGCUCGCCGCAAUCUCAAACGACGAAUGGGACAUUUUGGUAUCUGGGCGCUUCGACGGAUUCUUGCGAAGCGGCGCCGAAGACAUCCCACACCCCCCCGAACACCUCCCUCCGUCACGGGGUCCAACGCCCUACCGACCACCAACCCGGGGCACAACACCUGCCUAUGGCGGUGCAGGCUACGGCUCCCGCCAAGGCAGCUAUUCCAGCACCGGAUACGGCGCCCCUCCCAGUGCGCAGUACGGAGCCCCUAUCGCCUUUGACGAGGAAACCGAACUGGCCACACUCGCCGAGAUCGAACGAGACGUCUACGCCGGCAUGGAAGCCCUCGAGGACGCCUUCGAAGCACUGCACAAUAAGGCCGAGGUCGUCCGUCGGGCGUUGCGAGAACGGUCAGCGGGCCUCGCUGCCGCGGCGCAGAGCAGGAGAGGUGCAAUGGGUGGAGGGAUUGAAGUCCGCAUGAACACUCCCGCAAGCGGUGUGUUACCUACGGCGGGAGAACACGGCUUCGGAGGAAGAUGGGAAGCAGAAACAGACGACGGUCUCGGCGAAUGGGACGGACUAAGUGAGAUUGCGCCGGACGACAGCGCGAGUAACAUCUCGAGUUCACGCAGAAGGAGGCCAAAGAGGCGUAAUGAACGGCGCACACCGGCGCUGAUCGAGGAGGAAGACGAAUUCGAGGACGGCGUUAGCGAGGGGACGGCGAGUCCGAGGAAGAGAUGA